AGACUAAGGGAUAUAGGCCUCAACUUAGAUCUUAAGAAAUAUAUAUUUAUAGUAAAGGAAGUUAAGUAUCUAGGGUAUAUUAUAGAGGCUAAGGUCUAUAUUCGCCUUAACCCUAAGAAGAUCAAGGCUAUUUACAACUUCUUAGGAUUCGCUAAUUUCUAUUACAACUUUAUCCUCAACUUCUUUAAGAAGGUGGCCCUAUUAAUACGCUUUACUUAUAAGAACGUCCCUUUCCGCUAG